UAAAUUGGCGUUGGUGGGAUAAACAUCCAUUUAUUACUGAGUUACUAGAAUUAUUACAUUACAUACUAGAAUUACAAACAGAGUUGCAUAGAAAAAACCCUUUUGGUUUUCCCUUUGCCACUUUACAACAUUCUUGAUUUUCAUCAUUCAAAAUUUUACAAAAAGGGAGCAAAUAUGUCUGCUGGAAUUGCACGUGGUCGUCUUGCUGAGGAACGCAAAUCAUGGCGUAAGAAUCACCCACAUGGAUUUGUGGCUAGGCCAGAAACAGGUCCAGAUGGGUCUGUUAAUUUGAUGGUGUGGCAUUGUUCUAUCCCUGGAAAACCAGCAACUGACUGGGAAAGUGGCUUCUAUCCAAUAACAAUGCACUUCAGCGAAGACUAUCCUAGCAAACCUCCCAAGUGCAAGUUCCCUCAAGGUUUCUUUCAUCCUAAUGUCUAUCCAUCAGGAACAGUAUGUCUGUCUAUCCUCAAUGAGGACAGUGGGUGGAGGCCUGCUAUUACAGUUAAGCAAAUUUUGGUGGGUAUCCAAGAUUUGCUUGACCAGCCAAACCCUAAUGAUCCAGCACAAACGGAUGGCUAUCAGCUAUAUAUGCAGGAUACUGCUGAGUACAAGAGACGAGUGAGACAGCAGGCCAAGCAGUAUCCAGCUCUUGUCUGACAUUAGUUUGUUGUGAACUAUAUAAUUAUGUGACAUUUUUAGUCCUCAUUGACAUGGUGGCCUUGUGGCUUAUUUGAUGCUUUAUCUUCUUUAUUAUUGAACAAUGAAUAUAGUCAGUGUGCAACAUGCAUGCUAUCUGUUAUUUUGACAGUGUGGUUGCUCUAUAGUUUUUUUUUUUGCUUCAA